CUUAUCCAGCCCAAUAGAGUCUCUCCCUCUUAGCGAGUUGCUUCAUGAAGAAUAGCCCCAUUUACCAUGCUCUCGUAAUCCGCUGCGCUUCUCCGUAUCGUUGCAUUUUGUAGUUUCUGUGCGAGGAUAUGGUAGCAAUGGCCACUGUCACGAAACCUUUGGCAGGAGCGGCCGUGGUGCCAGUGGCGAGGAGUGUUACAUUGUCUGCUCAAGCAAGGAAAUCAUCUCAAUUGUGGGUAGCGUCGCGGAGGUGCUUGCGACGGUUUAGGGCUGUAGUGAAUGUGGAGAGCAGGGGGGCAAGAGUUGUCGUAAGAGCUUCCGCUGAUGAAAAUUUUGGCAGUGCUGCGGAUGCAGGAGGCAAUAGCAUCGUGCUGGAGGUGGCAGCUCUACCAGAGGAGCCUCAGACGGAAGGAAUUGGAAAUGUAGCGACCACGACUUCCUCCUCCAGGAAGCCUUCGCCUCUGGCGCGGGGAGGAACGUUGGAUGGAGCGCAGGCAGAAGGGAAGGCCCCAGCCGCUGCUACUCUUGGAAAGGUUUCCCCCUUGGUGUCAUCGGGGAAGUUCGAGGAUCCUAGGUGGAAGAAUGGCACUUGGGACCUUUCCCAAUUCACCACGGAUGGCAAGACCGACUGGGACGCUAUCAUUGAUGCUGAGGUGGUGAGGAGGAAGAUUCUGGAAGCUAACCCCGAGUCAUCAAGUAACGAUGAUGAGGUUGUAUUCGAUACGUCUAUAGUUCCUUGGUGGGCGUGGGUGAAGCGCUUCCAUCUUCCAGAGGCCGAGCUUUUGAAUGGUCGUGCUGCCAUGAUUGGAUACGCUGCUGGCUGGUUGGUUGAUGCUGCUACUGGAAUUGGAUUGGUUGACCAACAAAACAGUUUCGUUGGCAAGAUUCUAAUUUUUAUCUCCGUGGUUGGAGUUUUGGCCAUCAGGAAAAACAGUGAUGUGGACAAUCUUAGAACCCUUGCCCAGGAGUCUACUGACUACGACAAGCAAUGGCAAGCAACCUGGAAGGAUGCCAAGGAUUCGGGGACAUCCGGAGGUUUGUAGACGAGGUCUCUCAAAUUUUGCACAUAUGUAUUGUUUAGAAUGUUCAUUGUUUGUGCCAUGCCUUGUUGUCACAAAAAACGGAAAUAAAAAAGGUAUUUUCAAGUUCCGAAUA